AUGACCACAGGAAAGACUUACUUUAUCUCAGGCGCAAACCGAGGAAUUGGCUUUGAAUUAGCCAAACAUUACCUUGAAGCCAAUCCAGACAAUAUCGUUUUAGCCACUGCAAGAUAUCCAGAUUCUGCAACUGCUUUGAGUGAAUUAGGUGUGAAGAAUUCUAACCUUCAUAUUCUCAAGUUGGAUGUCUCUGAUCAAGCUUCUAUUGCAACCAUUGACUCGCAAUUAAAAGAUAUCACCGAUGGUAUUGAUGUCUUAAUUUCGAAUGCUGGUGUCUCUCUGAUCCGUGGAACGAUCCUUAGUACUCCAGCCGAAACUUGGGAUAGGCUCUUAAAGGUUAAUACUGUAGGUCCAAUUCUUCUUUUCCAGGCAUUGUACCCUUACUUAACUAAAAGAGUUACCAAGAAGGUGGUUUUUAUGUCUUCGUUGUCAGGAUCUAUUGCCAGUUUUAAUCCAGCAUACCCAAUUGAUUCCUAUGGUCUUUCAAAGACAGGACUUAGCUUCAUUGCCAAAGCAGCCGGGGCUGAACUUGCUCUGGAAGGCUUCAUCGUGAAUGCAGUUCAUCCAGGUGUCGUCCUGACCGAACGAGCAACAGUGUACUUCGAUAAAAUAAAGGCAGAAACAAAUGCUGAAGUUGCUGCCUACCUCGAUCUGUUGAUGAUUACUCCACAAGAGUGUGCUACUUUCUUGUUGAAAUUAAUUGAGGAGUUGAAUGAAGAAAAGAACGGGUCUUUCCUUAAUUAUGACGGACAAGUACUCCCAUACUAA